AUGGACUCCCGGCGUCCGUCCUGGCGGGGCGUGUCGGCCCCGGAGGUACACGGAGGAGGGGGGGGGGAGGCUGUAGAGGAGGCUCUAAUUGCGGAGGGUGUUUUUGCUCUCGCUGCAAUCUGUAUGCGGCGAGCGACGGGCGGUGAUUCCGCGAAAGCAAUUACCGCAUCCGCCGCAGCCAUCUUGCGGGUGAGUGGGAGCGGCGCAGGAGUUCGAGGAAGAGGUCCGGUAGCCGCGCGGACAGGCGGCAGGCGGCAGGUGGACCGCGGGUUCAUUAGCUACCGACGGAUUGACUGCGACGGACCGGACCUGGCGAUACUGCACCUUGUGUCACGGACAUAA